AUGGCCACAAUACGCGAGAGUCAUCCUCAGACCGGUGCUCUUGAUAUUCGCGUCGAGGACUUCCUCGACGACAAGCUCCAGUCCACGACCGAUCUCGAGAAUCUCGACUCCCUAAUCGCCAAUGUUGAAGUCCAGCGGAGCCAGCUCCAAACCCAACUCGACAAUGCCAUAAGACAGCUCGACGAGGCUCGUCGCACAGCCGGCGACCGUCAAUCCUCGCUAGUUCAACGCGUUCAGGACUUCCAGGAACUUCAGCACAGCAUCGACGUCCGCGUCAAGAUUGCAGCAGCGUCCGACGCCCCGAAUCAGGCCAUCGCUAGACUGCAGCAGCCUAUGAAGAAGCUACAGACGAUCGAGCUCGCCCAGAGCUAUCUCUGUCUGCUACAAGAUGUCGAAAAACUGCGGACCGAAGCCCGAUCGCAUCUUCCUGAGAGCCCCAAGGCGGCCUUGGAGCCGUACUCAAAGCUCAAGCAGCUUUCGAGGCGCCUCGAGGAGCUUUCUGGGCCGGCCGACGACGCUGCUGUCCACCUCGUCAAUCACGUGCGCAGCGUCGCCGAUGCGCUGUGGGAUGAGAUGAAGAAAACAAUGUCGGGCGAGCUGGAGGCUGUGCUCAGCAAGAGGUCGUGGCCCAUGGUCGAACCAACUUCUGAGAUGGACGAGGAGUGGCUUGCUUGCUUCGAAAAGUUGCUUGACCUCCAGAUUCAAGAGGUCAUCUUGAGCAAAUCCACUGUCACUCUACUGCCAUUCGACGUCAUGUCGAGAAUUUUUGUCUCCGAGUUUCGCUUCCACUUCCUCAGCGACAAACCGACGAGCAAGCCCGAUGCUGUUGGGUCUCACUGCUUUCCCUGGUUUCUGGCGACUAUCGAGAAGUGGGAAGACUUUUUCAGGGACAACUUGGGUCUCACACUCGCUGCCAAAUUCCGCGACACGCCUGCAGUGAACAGUUUGGUCUACAUCGACCCAGUUUGCGCAUUCAUCACCAGCAUGCUGCCCGUGUUGAAGGAGAAAGUUCAGGCCGUUGUGGCCGAUACAGCCAAGAACCCGGCAUUCCUUAGUAACUUCAUUGGUCAGCUGAUGACGUUCGACGAGACUGUUCGGACCAAGUUCAACUACGAUGGUGGCAACGCAGAGCAGGGCUGGCCUGGCCUUGCUACGGAGAUUCUCGAGGACUGGUUUGAGCCUUGGUUCCAAGCCGAGAAGGAAUUUGCCCUGGAGCGUUUCCGGGCUAUCAUGGCCACGCCAGAUGCGCGAAACAUUGACUAUGACUACGCUGCGACGGGCAAGACCAAGCCGACUUUUGGAGCUGUGCGGGUCACCGAUCUCUUGAGAUCUAUCACGACCCAAUAUGAGAGAGUUCGUACCUUUAAGCACAAAAUGCGUUUCUUAAUCGGCAUCCAACUCGACAUUCUCGACGAGUUCCAUGAUCGUCUCCGCGGCUCCUUGGAGGCUUACCAGGCACUGACGUCCACGGUCGGCAGGACUCUCCACGGCGUCACCAAGGAACAGCUCGCUGCUCUCGAAGGCACCGGCAGUCUUGAGUCGUUAUGCAAAGUAUACGGCAGUGCAGACCACGUCGUAAAUACUCUCAAGGACUGGGGUAACGAGGAGUUCUUCGUGACGCUGUGGGACCAACUGCAAGGUCGUGCAACCAAAGAGGGCGAACCGUCAAGGAUGUCAGGUGAGAUGAGCUACGAGGAGGUCAAGGACCGCACUUCUGCUGCCGUGGGCUCAGAAGGCGACGAGGGGGUUCUGUUUGAUGAAACAAUUGCCGCGUACAGCCUUAGACGCAAGACGGCCCAGGACUUUUUGGUCAAUGCCCUUGCCGACUCUCACUACAAGGCCUUCAGGGCGUACUCGACAAGAACGCAUUGGACGACCAUCAGCGAUAGCGUUUCAGACAUCGACCCGUCGCAACUGGCUGUCACGCCCGAACUGGAUGAACCCCUAAGAAUCCUCAAGCGCAACUUCGACUUUCUGCUCAAGGCUAUCGGUACCGCAUCAUUCCGUCGUACGUGGCGCGCGGCUCUCGACAAGCUCCAAGAAAUGCUCUGGGGCGAGGUCCUCAUGAGACAGAGCUUUACAGCAUUUGGCGCAGCGCAGUUUACGCGCGACCUCAAUGCCAUCUUCGCCCUGGUCGAGAGGUACAUCCCGAACGGUGUAGGGUCGCUGGGUAGUCUGGCUGACGCCUUGAAACUGCUCAACCUUGCCACCGAACCUCAGGACGGUACGCUGUCGCUCAAGGAUGCUACUGACCGGGUGUUUACGGACAACGCUGAGGCAAAGAAACUCCUGGAGGAGCUGGACAUCGAUACGCUUACGCCGGCAAACGCGAGACACAUAUUACAGCGUAGAGUUGAAAACAAGGAAUAA